AUGUUCGUGUUGGGGGAGCGGGGAGAGGGCAGUCAAGGCACCAGAGCAAGAGCCCUGUGCGGCCUCAGCAGAGGAGUGAAACUGGAACCGUCACGGAACACGAGUGAAUUUUGGCACAAACUGGGCUGCUGCGUGGUAGAGAAACCCCAGCCGAAGAAGAAGAGGAGACGGACUGACCGGGCCAUGACUGGGCAACCAAUGAAUUUUGUUCACCUGACUCACACUGGCUCUGGGGAGAUGGAGGCCAGAGAUGGACUUGCCAUGACAGGUGCAGCUCAGGAGCAGAUGAGAUCCAAGGGAAACCGCGACAGGCCGUGGAGCAAUUCUAGGGGCUUGCAGCUCCAAUAG